GAAGCCGAAGAAGCUGCUGCUCAUGCUGACCUCGGGAAAGUGCUGACAGCUCAUGCGCAAACUUUUAUAAACAUCAAAUACGCCACGUUGUUUAAAGCUGAGGUUUUAUUUCUGAAGCCGGUGUGUUGUUUAGCUUUUAACCAAACCGCCGGAAGUUAAAUUAAACUCGCGGUUUCCAUGGUUUUCUCUCCCUGUUAGCAUCUGGCUAACCUGUGUAGCUUUAGGGACAGUUCCGCCACCAGCCGGGGCCUUCAUGUUGAACCACCUCACCGCUGCUCUCACGCUGCUCCCCCGCCGCCUGCUCGUCUCCUCACCAAGAACUCUGACCCGAGCCUGUCCCCUGCUCGGCAGGAUGGAGCCGGCUGUGGUAAGGUGUCUCCCCGGGGACCCCAAACUCACCAUCUCCUUCUCUCUGGAGGGCAGUCACAAGCACAUGCUGCGGGACCAGGACGAGCCGCUGGGUAAGGUCCUGACCCGGAUCUCCAACAACGCCGCCAAGGGUCAAGGGAAGGCGAAGAAGUCGAAGAAGCACAGGGGGCAGCAGCCGUGUGAGGCCCCGGAGCCCGCCGCCGUGAAGCUGUACUACGACGGGGACGAGGUGCCCGGCACGGUGCUGAACUCCGAGGCGUGGCGGGACGGAGCCGUGCUGCAGGUGGGAGACGUGAAAUUCUCGGUGCAUAGAAACGUGCCCACCUUCACCACAGCAGAGCUGCCGGUGUCCCUGCUGGCCGGGUUCCCCGUCUGUCCCAAACUGGAGGUGGAGUUCGGGAGCCUUCAAGACUGCGAGCUCAUUUGGUACAAAGAGACAGCCCCAAACACAAGGCCUGAAGCUGCAGAGGAAGUUCCAGGUCAGGAUCCAGGUUGGACUCAAGUAGGAUGUGGGAGAGUCCAUGUCCCGUCCAAUCAGGACAUCGGCUACAGGCUCAAACUCUGCUGCACGCCCAAAGAUGGAAGUCGCAGCGGCCUGACCAAGGAGCUGGUCUCUGUGGGAGUCGUGGAGGCCGGACCAGGCGUGUGCACGUUUGACAACCGGCACGCGUACACUAUCAAAGAGGCGGAGUGGCCGGCUGUGAGGGUGGUGUCGUACAACAUCCUCGCUGAUGUCUACGCCCAGACAGAACUGUCCAAGACGGUGCUUUACCCGUACUGCGCCCCCUACGCCCUGCAGCUGGACUACAGACAGAACCUGAUCAAGAAGGAGCUGGCCGGAUACAACGCUGACAUUAUCUGCCUGCAGGAGGUCGACAAAGGGGUGUUUGUGGACAGUCUGACUCCAGCUCUGGAUGCCUUCGGUCUGGACGGAGUUUUCAGGGUCAAAGAGAAGCAGCAUGAAGGACUGACCACUUUCUACCGCAGGUCAAAGUUCCGGCUGCUGAGCCGUCAUGACAUCGUGCUGAGCGAGGCGUUGACCUCUGACCCCAUCCACUCUGAGCUGCUGGAGAGGGUCUCUGCUAACAGCGCCCUCAAGGACAAGAUACUGCAGAGAUCCACUGCGCUGCAGGUCAGUAUUCUGGAGGACCUGAAUAAACCAGACAGGAAGGUCUGUGUGGCCAACACUCACCUGUACUGGCACCCGAAAGGAGGGAAUGUUCGCUUGGUCCAGAUGGGCGUGGCUCUGCAACACCUGAGUCAUGUGAUCAGUGAGGUCGCACCUGGAGCUCCUCUGAUCUUUUGUGGCGACUUCAACUCCUCCCCUAGUUCAGGUGUGUUCCAGCUGGUCAGUGAGGCUGUGGUUCCUCAGCAGCAUGCAGACUGGAGCAGCUCCGGGCCAGAGGAGUCCUGCAGUAUGGAGCUGCCCUCUACCUUCCCCCCACUGCUGAGCGCCUGCAGCCAGCCGGCCUACACUAACUACGUGGGAGGAUUUCAUGGCUGCCUGGACUACAUCUUCAUACAGCCCGACAGCAUGCAGGUGGAGCAGGUGAUUCCUCUGCCCAGCCACCAGGAGGUCACCACCUACGAGGCUCUGCCCAGCGUGGCCCACCCCUCCGACCACAUCGCCCUGGUCUGUGACCUGCGCUGGAGCCCCUGACCUCCGACCUCCGACCUCCGACCUCCAACCACCUGGACAAAAGAAGUUGGAGAACUUUCACAACUACAUUCUGACUUUAGAUUUCUUUAUACUUGAAAGAAGUUCUGGCAUGGAAAC